AUGAACGUAUUAGCUUUGAGUAGAUGGUCACGCUUAGUGUUGGCCAUUUACUUGUUUAUCUUAAUGGUUGUGAGUUACAACAUUCAACAUGUAUGUGCUAAAAGAAAUGAAGUAUCUAUUAUUGAAUGGAAAGGACUUGUGCUCAUCAAGGAAAGCUUGAACAUUCCACAAGAUAGCAUCCUAUCAAUUAAAGAUAAUGCUCAAGUAGUAUUCUACUCAUCAUCCAAUGUUACACAACCAAUCACUAUCAAUAUUAAUGGAAGUUUAGAAAUUGGAAAGCACGUACAAUUCAUGAGUUUGGAUGUGUUCCAAGGAACAAAACCAGUUCCAUCUUUCAACAAUGAAAUGUGGUCGUUUGUGUUGGAUGGCCAAACAAGACGCUUAGAUUUGGAUUCAGUAUCUGUUAUCAAGUCUCAAAGACUGAAGGCUGUUCAAACCUUUGACAUUCAACAAUCACUGGAUUCUAUUAAACUCAGUAAUUGCACAAUGAAUGGUGGAUACAACCUAUUUCGUAUCAUUAGUGGAGAACAUGUAUUCCAUGUAACUGAAUCAAAAUUUGAAAACAUGCAAACCGUCCUUUUGAUUGCAUUACCAGAAAAUGCUUGUCGAGUGACUGUUUCGAAUUGUUAUUUCUCCAAAAUAGGAAAUACCUUUGUCCACAAAGGAUCUGACAAUAAGAAUGCAAAGAAUUCAUUCACUGUUGAGAACACUGUUUUCGACAAUGUUGGGCAAGGUAUUAAUUCUGAGAGAGUUUCCCUUAAAUUGACAAAUGUUGACUUUAAAUGGUUCAAAUCCGGUAUAGUUUCCUAUAAUAUUACUGCAUUCAGAGUUAAAUUUGACAAUUUCAAUAUGAAAGAGAGUGGAAUAGCAAUUGCCAAUAAUCAACCAGAUGUAUCUAAUGGAGUUUUUGAUAUCCAACAAUGUACAUUCCAGAAUAUCCAUGGUCUUGCCGUAUUCAUGAAUUACAACAUGAAAUUAUUUCGCUUUACUAACAAUAAGGUGAUUAAUUUGACCCCAUCUUCUGGAUUACCAUCAAUACCUUUGAAUUUGAUUGGUGGACCAUUAUUCAAUUUUGAUUCAGUAGUUUUUGAACAAAAUGAAAUUGUAAAUUGUCAAGUCAAUGGAUUCUAUAGUAUUGUAAACUUUGACAAUAUUGGAGCCCUUUCGUUUGUACGUAACACUUUAACAGGAAACUCUGGUAAAUGUUCUCUCACUAUUAAGAAUGCAAUCAAUAACAACUUGAGGAUUGAAAAAAACAUUUUUGAUAGUGUCGAAACAGUCAAUGGAGAUGUCUGUGUGCAAAAAGCUAAUUCAAAGCUCAAUGUAAGCUUGAAUUAUUGGGGUAAGAAAGUUGAUAAAUCUCUUAAAUUGACUACAUCUGAAAUGAAUGAAAUCAUUUCCACUAAAUUGAGUCCAUCCAAGUAUUUUGAAUUUGUCCCAUACUAUUUGACAUCAAAUGUAAAUGACAAUGAUGCCUCCAAUUUAGGAGGAUAUAUCACUCCAGAACCAAGUAAGAAUUCAGAUAAUCUAGGUAUUAUUAUUGGAGCAUCAAUUGGUGGAGCUGCUCUCCUCCUUGUUAUUGUUGGUGUGAUAAUCCUUACUCUAGUAUUUUACAAUAGAAAGAAGAGAGCCUAUACAGAAAUUAGUUCCAUCUAA